AUCUUUAGCUAACAACAAACAAACAUAUGGACUUUUGUGAAGUGUAUUGUGAUUAUUCUCAUAAACAACGAAAGAAAAUAAAUCUUCAUUAUUGUAUGAAAAAUCACGAAUUCAUCAACUGGUUACAGAGGUAAACCACAGAAAAUAAAAUAAAAAAAUAAAAAAAAAAUUAACCAAACAACAAAAAAAGAGAAGAAAAAACAACACAACCUAAAGAAAAACUGCGGGUUGUUGAAGUUUAAAAUAUAUAAACCCAGGGCAACUGUAAACUUACUUGUCUACCAACGAAGCCAGUAAUUGCAUGUACCACAAACACAGCUCUAUCAAACAUCCAGCCAGCAGCGGAUAAACACAGCUGUUAUUGCAGCAGCAGCGGAGGCAACAGCAGCCAUCGCUUACAUAGUUCAACAACAUUUGACGUGUUGCCGCGCAAUAUGUAGUACGUCGUCAUUUGGCGCAUUCAACUGAAUUUACAUAAUUUAAAAAAAAGGAAAAUAAAAACAACAAUCGCCAUCAACGAAUAUCAGCAGCAAAUAUUGAGGGAAGAGGAAAAAUUUCACUCGAUACUUUUUAAUCAAAAAUUUCGAAUAUUGAAUACAUUCACUGUAAUCAUAUCAUAAUAACAAUAGAUAACGGCUCUGGGGCCCUUAUGAAUAUGUUAUUAACCCUCAUAUUGGCAACACUGGCACAUGGUAAAAGAAAAAUGUCACAAAUGGUGAAUAACCUUGAAAUGAAGGGCAGCGAAAGAGUUGGAGGUGUAUGGCUGUGGAUGCUGUUGCUGAUGGUCACAUUGCGUGCCACAACGUGUCAAGUUUGUGGACCCCCUGCCGUUCCCCUGAAUGCCAAGGUACAAACCGUUUCGGAUGGCACUGCAAUUCUGGAGGCCAAAUAUGAAUGUGAUCCUGGCUAUGAACUAUUUGGUUCUCCGACAAUAAAAUGCGAUUCACGCACUGGCUGGGAAAAGGAGUUGCCAUUUUGUGGCAGCAAUGUGGCCUAUCGCAAACCGGUCAAUCAAAGUUCAUAUACCCGGGCUGGUCCGGCCCACUAUGCCAAUGACGGUGAACCGGGAAAUAAAAAUCCCGAUGGCCAACAGUGUUCGGAGACACAAAAGGAACCAUCACCCUGGUGGCGUGUAGAUUUGUUGACACCCCAAGCGGUGCGUGUAGUGCGCAUAACCACACGAGGCUGUUGCGGCCAUCAACCCUUGCAAGAUUUAGAAAUUCGUGUGGGCAACAGUAGUGCCGAUUUGCAGCGUAAUCCAUUGUGUGCCUGGUAUCCCGGUACUCUGGAUGAAGGCAUAACGAAGACAUUUACUUGUGCCCGUCCUCUUGUUGGUCAAUAUGUUGCAAUUCAAUUGGUCGGUGUUGAAGGCAGUCUGAGUUUGUGUGAAGUUGAGGUAUUCACCAAUGAUGAAUUUUCCGUCGAUCGUUGUUUAAGUUCGAAACUGGGUGUUGAUACUGUGCUGACCACUUUUUCGAAGACAUGCUAUGAAUUCCAUGUUACCAAGGGAGAAAAUUUCGAAAAGGCCCAACAGACAUGCAAAGUUACAGGUGGUGAUUUGGUGCACGAUUUCCGUGGAGCUGCAAACGAUUACAUACUCUCAGAGUUGGAAAGACGCAAAUCGGAACUGAAAACGCAGCUCGUUUGGAUAGGUGCACAAAAAGAACCCGGCAUUACUUCACGCACCUGGAAGUGGGUAAAUGGUGAAAUAGUACAGAAACCAGCUUGGGGCAAAGAUCAACCGAACAACUACAACGGCGAACAAAAUUGCGUGGUAUUGGAUGGCGGUCGCAAUUGGCUGUGGAAUGAUGUAGGCUGCAAUCUGGAUUAUUUACAUUUUAUAUGCCAGCAUGCUCCCCUAUCUUGUGGUUCACCAGAUUCACAGCAAAAUACAACAAUUGUUGGUAAAAACUUCACCAUUGGCAACAAAAUCCAGUACCAAUGUCCCAAGGGUCAUUCGUUAAUCGGUGAUGCAGAACGUACAUGUCGCACCGAUGGCACCUGGAGCGGAAAGGCACCCACUUGUAAAUAUGUCGAUUGCGGUCCACUGCCGGAAUUGGAACACGGCACAGUAAAGCUAUCUGAACAGCGUACCAGUUAUGGAGUACAGGCAACCUAUUCAUGCCACGAAAAUUACACCCUGAUCGGCAAUGAGAAUCGAACCUGUGAGUUGGAUGGCUGGACUGGUAAACAACCCGAGUGUUUGGUUGAUUGGUGUCCCGAACCGCCACAAAUUCAGGGUGGUUCGGUUAUAGUCAGCAACAAGAGAGCUGGGUCCACAGCAACCUAUGAAUGUGAAGCUGGCUAUGUUCUGGUUGGAGAACCGAUAAUUUCCUGUGGUCUAGGCGGCGAAUGGUCCAGCAAGGCACCUUCAUGCCGUUUCGUGGAUUGUGGUUCACCGGCCCGACCUGAUCAUGGUUUGGUUACAUUGGUAAAUGGUACAACAACUGUUGGCUCUGUGGUUAAAUAUGACUGUGAAGAAGACUACUGGUUAGAUGGAAAUUCAGAGUUCGUCUGUACCAAGGAAGGUAAAUGGUCAGGCGAUGCACCGGUCUGUGAAUUAGUAACAUGUGAUACGCCAAAUGUACCCACCGGAUCCUUUGUUGUUGGCUAUGAUUAUAAUGUCCAUUCAAAGAUACAAUAUAAUUGUGAUCCAGGUUAUGUCCUAAAGGGUGAUCCCAUACUGGAGUGUAUGGACAAUGGUGAAUGGAGUGCUGAGGCACCGUUUUGUGAUUAUAUCGAUUGUGGUGAAAUUACACCCAUACCCUAUGGAAGCCUUAAGUACACCAACAGUACCACAUAUGUGGGUUCAGAAGUCACAUUCAGCUGCUCCCCCUCGCAUAAAUUGAAUGGUGUGCCAAAGAGAAUUUGUUUGGAGUCAGGUAUUUGGAGUGAUGCCUCGCCCAGAUGUGAGGAAAUACGUUGUAUGGAACCUGUAUUGGCUGCCCAUAGUAUACUAUCGGUUACCGGCAAUGAUCGCAUGUAUGGCAGAACUUUGAUAAGGACCUCCGAAACAUCAUCCAAUGCAGCACAGACUUAUAGAAUUGGAGCAUUGGCCAAAUACCGAUGCGAACGUGGUUACAAGAUGGUGGGUGAGGCAUUGGUUACCUGUGAAGAUAACGGCCAGUGGAGUGGUAAUGUACCAGAGUGUGUAUAUGUCGAAUGCGGUCCACCACAAAAUAUCACCAAUGGCAAAAUGACACUGGCCACCAAUGCCACAUAUUAUGGUGCGGCGGCCCUUUAUGAAUGUAGUGAGAAUUUCAAGCUGGAUGGUGUAUCACGUCGCCUCUGUACAGAAGAUGGAACAUGGAGUCAUGAGGCACCACAGUGUGUUGAGAUAACAUGUGAUGAGCCAGAGCUGAGUGAAAGUGUCAUUGUUGAGGCUGGUGAACGUUCAGUGGGCUCUCUGGCCAAAUUCAGGUGUCAGCGCGGUCGUAUUAUGACCGGAAAUGAUACAAGAACUUGUCAAAAGAAUGGCAAAUGGUCUGGCAAGAGUCCGACAUGUAAACCCGUUGACUGUGGUCGCCCUCUGCCCAUUGAAAACGGGCGCGUCAUUGUGGUGAAUGAGACAACCAUAUAUGGUGGCUCAGCUGAAUAUCACUGCAUACCCGGUUUCAAUCGUAUCGGUCAGUAUUUGCGCAAAUGUACCGAAGAUGGUACCUGGAGUGGUGAUGAGCCCCGCUGUGAAUUGACAGCCACAGAAGCUCAGGAAAGUUCUGGACUUGGAACGGGCAUUGCAAUUGGAGCUACGGUCAUUAUAGCUCUACUAUUUCUGAUUGGUCUCAUUUUUAUACAUCGCAAUAAGGCCAGGCCAGUAAAGAAUACGGAAAAUGUUCAAGCAGCAGAGACCAAAGAUGAGAGGAGUGCAGCGGUUAUGUCAUAUUCCACGCUGGAGGCCAACACACGUAUGUCCAUGGAUCAUGGACCACCGGCCACAUUCAAUACAUUCCAUGGUGCGGGAAGGGGAUUGGCCAAUGGUAAUGGUUCAACGGGAAGGGAAAACAUUUACGACCAAAUACCAAACGAACAGUUCUACGAUGCCCCCUAUGAGAUGCGCAACAACGAUGAGGUCUAUGAGCCUGAACCCUCAGCGGGCAAUGUCAUAACUAUCAAUGGUAUAUCUGUGAGAUAAACACUUUUGUUAGAUAGGAG